GUCUGCGGGUGGCGCUCGGUCGGGGGCUUCGUGGUUCCGCCGGGCCAUGGUUUCGCUGCUGUGCUGCGGGCCGAAGAUGGCCGCCUGCGGGAUCGUGCUGAGCGUCUGGGGGGUCAUCAUGCUGGUGCUCCUGGGCCUCUUUUUCAACGUCCACUCCGCUGUCCUGAUUGAAGACAUUCCAGCCAGCGAGGAAGAUUUCACGUCCGGGGUAACCAAGAUCCACGCGCUCUAUGACCAAGUCAGCUACAACUGCUUCAUUGCCGCCGGCCUCUACUUCGUCCUGGGGGGCUUCUGCUUUUGCCAAGUGCGCCUCAACAAACGGAAGGAGUACCUGGUCCGCUAAUGACCCCCUACUCUGCUGGAGCCCCUCCCCCCGUUUCUGUCGACUCCCUCUUGUGCAGGAAAGUGUCCCUGUCCGGCACCGGGAAAGAGAAGGG